UUGAGGUUUUUAAUAAUACCGUCUUUCAGUGGGUUUGGAGAGCUUUAGGUGACUAUUAGGUGGAAGGUGUCAGGACGAGGACUAUCAGUGGAGGGGUAUGAGCACCAUCUUGGCACUGUAUUCAUUCAUUUACAUCUUUGCACACACACAUGCUGUCGUUUGCUCUGAGCUGCAGCAUUGGGCAGAGAUAAGUGUUUAUAGGAGCAAUUUGACGUAAGAGAACAAUCUCCCUAGCCAAAUUUUUGUCAGUGUAUUCACAAAGUUAUAAACUUACCCAGUAUUAUAUCCCCAAUAAGAAAGAACUAAAAAAUGACAGCCCUAAGGAAGGGUGGAAAGACCUCUUCUGAGAUGGCAGAUUCUAUGUAGCACCCAUGAAGACGGUCUGGUAAGCCACUGAGUUUAUGAGGUGAAAGCAAAACUUCCUCCUGGAAGUAUCAUGGCAGUUCUAUUAUGAAUAUCUAUGUGUGGCUCUGAAAUGAACCUAAAUGUGACUUGUGCAGUUAAUCAUUACCCCAGUGGUUGUCUCAACGACUUGAUUCCCCUAGGCUGCGAGCAGUUCAUCUGGAAAGGAGGCUCCAGAAAGCAGCAUGUCCCUCUUGCUCUUUGGGGCUGGGCUGGUGGUUUUGAAUCUGGUGACGUCUGCCAGGAGCCAGAAGACAGAACCUCUGAGUGGCUCUGGGGACCAGCCACCCUUCCGUGGAGCUGAUCGAUAUGACUUUGCCAUCAUGAUCCCUCCAGGAGGCAUGGAAUGCUUUUGGCAAUUUGCCCACCAGACUGGAUACUUCUAUUUCAGUUACGAGGUUCAGCGGACAGUGGGGAUGUCACAUGACCGGCAUGUUGCUGCCACUGCACACAACCCACAGGGAUUUCUCAUAGACACUUCCCAGGAUGUUCGGGGCCAGAUUAACUUCUCCACCCAAGAGACAGGUCUGUUUUCAUGACCAUGGCUAUCAUAAUAAUCAUAAGAUCCUAUAAAAUUAGGGAAAUAACGAGGACUUGUACAGAGAUGUUUAAACAGUAGGAAAAAAAAAUCAGCCUUUAACACCAAAAACCAGUGUUCCUAGAGACUGCUGACCUCCAAGGAUGCCAAGUGGCAGUCUACUGAUAAUUUGGGGGCAGCAUCUCCAGGUGAGCAGCUCAAUCUUUUUUUUCUUUUUUUUUUUUUUUAGGGGAGGAGGGAAGAGAGGAAGGAGGGGAGAGGAAGGGAGGCCAGCAGUUCACUUUUAGCUCAUUGUCUCCAAUUGAUCAGAUUCUGGGAAAGUGACCAAAAAACAGAGACCCAUUUAUAAUAUAGAAUUCCAAUUAACCAGUGUAUUAUAGGGAAGCAUUUCUUUCCAGUCAUCAGAAUAUUUGAGUCAGUUACUAAAAGCAGAUGCAGAACAAAAGAAAAUGCAUGGCCGGCCAGGCGUGACGGAUCACCCCUGUAAUCCCAGCACUUUGGGAGGCUGAGGCGGGCGGAUCACCUGAGGUCGGGAGUUCAAGACCAUCCUGGUCAACAUGGAGAAACCCCAUCUCUACUAAAA